ACAGCUAACUCUUCGAGAAGAAAGAGAUUUAUGUCCAAAGGGAUCCAAUUAACAGGAGCCACCCGAAAAUGGAUCUCCCACACCCAUCUGUGGUUGGCGCGAACCCGACCCAAUCACGUCGACGUGGCCCGUUUCGAAACGAUUCCUCCAGAUUCGUUAGCUUUGCCUCCAGUCUCUCCCUCUCUUUCUCUCUAGUUUGACAUGGAAGCCUCAAUCUCUUCGUCACCUAUAAUCAGCUCAACCAUUCGUCAAUCAUUCAGUGGAAUCAGAGUCCCGGGGCACGCGAAACCAUUCGCCAAUGGCAUCUGCAAGGGUAGAAGCGAUCGCUUGAACGGGAAGGCGAAAUCGAAGCGGAGAAUCGCCGCCAUAGAUGGGGUUUUGGCCGCGGCAGAUCCAGGCCAGGCCGAGGUCACGUGGCAAACAGUCGUCGGAGCCAUAGCUGGUGUCACGCCGUUUGUGGUUGCAGGGAUUGAGUUCAGCAAAAGAAUCAUAGCCCAGAGAAAAUGCGAAGUUUGUGGCGGCUCGGGGCUUGUCCUUAGGGACAAGUACUAUUUCCGCUGUCCUGGAUGUGGUGGAUUUCUCCCAUGGCAGUCAUGGAAAAGAUUCUUCUCUGGUUAGACCACAUUCACCACUUCUUCACUGUUCGUUCUUGAAGGUUUAAUCUGUGACGUUCCUCCUAUUCUUCUAAGACAAAGGGUUUUUCCUGAACCCUCUAGUGUAGCCUGUGAACGAUUUGCUCAUCGAU